AUGGCCGCCGUGGCGAGCGGAGGCCUCAAGAGGAGGUUGGAGGAGGCGGAGCUGGGCUCGCAGGGCUCCCGCUCGGACGAUGAGGAAGUGUCCAACAGCGACAGCGGCGACAGCUGCGACAGCGUCCCCCGGUGCGGCGCCGCCGCCUGCAGCCCCCCCUCCAUCCUGAAGCGGCAGAAGCGGCUGGGCAGGAAGAGCGUCCGCUUCGACCAGGUGACGGUGUACUACUUCUCGCGGCGGCAGGGCUUCACCAGCGUGCCCAGCCAGGGCGGCAGCUCGCUGGGCAUGGCCCCCAGGCACAGCUCCGUGCGCAGCUACACCCUCUGCGAGUUCGCCCGCGAGCAGCAGGGGCACCACCGGCAGCUGCUGCGCCAGCACCUGCGGCAGGAGAAGCUGCGCGCGCGCAAGAUGAAGCUGACCCGGAACGGGACGGUGGCGUCGCAGGAGGCGGAGGGGCUGACCCUGGAGGAUGUCUCUGACGACGACAUCGACGUGGAGGGGGUGGAGGUGGACGACUGCUUCUUCCUGCAGCCGCUGCCCACCAAGCGGCGCCGAGCGCUGCUGCGGGCUGCCGGCGUGCAGCGCAUCGACGCCGAGGAGAAGCAGGAGCUGAGGGCGAUCCGGCUGUCCCGCGAGGAGUGCGGCUGCCACUGCCGCCUCUACUGCGACCCCCAGGCCUGCGCCUGCAGCCAGGCCGGCAUCAAGUGCCAGGUGGACCGAAUGUCCUUCCCCUGCGGCUGCUCCCGCGACGGCUGCGGCAACGCCUCCGGGCGGAUCGAAUUCAACCCCCUGCGGGUGCGGACUCACUACCUGCACACCAUCAUGAAGCUGGAGCUGGAGAGCAAGCGCCAGGGCGGCCGCCCCCCGGCCCCCGAGCAGGAGGCGGCGGCGCUGCCGCCCGGCGGCGCCUGGCCGGGGCCGCAGGCGGCCGAGACCCAGGACUUCCAGGAGUUCAUGGCCGAGAACGAGUCGGCAGUGCUGCACCUGCAGAGCGCCGAGGAGCUGGAGAGGCUGAAGGCCGAGGAAGACUCCAGCAGCGGCUCCGGCGUGGAGGGCCUGGGGGUCUGCAUCCUGCAGGAGCCGCUGGCCGUGCCCGAGGGGCUGUGCCCGGCCCUGGCCGCCCCCAUCCUCAUCCAGGCGCAGCUGCCCCCGGGCUCCUCCGUGCUCUGCUUCGCCGAGGGCUCGGAGCCGCCGGCGCCGCCGGGGGGCAGCGACCCCUACCUGAACGAUGGCGCCGUGCUCUACUACCAGCUGGAGCCGCGCCCGGCGCCGCCUGCCAAGGCCGAGGGCAGCCCGGCCGAGCCGCCGGGGCCGUGCCCCUGCCCGGUAGUGCCACAGGCACCGUGCCCCUGCCCGGCCGAGCCGCCGGCGCCGUGCCCCUGUCCUCCGGAGAAGGGCCCCGGAGCCCUCCCCGUGCCCUGCAGCCGAGCUGCGAGCGAGGGGGAAGCCCCCAGACCCCCUCCCUCGGCCCCGGAGAAGGUAGCGGCCGCCGCCCCCCGCAGCCCCUCCCAGCCGGCGGAGCCAGCCCCGGAGCCGCCCUGCCCCGAGGGGCACUCUCCGGGGCCCAUCCUGCCGGUCUGA